AUUUAGUAACCUCCAAACGUUGCCAUGGCCAGAGAACGUGAUCUCUUCGCCACCGAGAUUGUGAACCGUGGAAUUGAGUCAUCAGGACCCAACGCUGGUUCUUUGACCUUCUCCGUCAGAGUUAGGAAGCGGUUGCCAGAUUCUCUUCAAUCAGUUAACUUUAAGUAUGUGAAAUUGGGCUACCAUUAUCUCAUAAACCAUGCCAUUUACUUGGUCACUAUACCCGUGAUUGUCUUGGUGUUUAGUGCUGAGAUUGGUAGCCUAAGUAAAGAGGAGCUAUGGAAGAAGCUUUGGGAAGAUGUUAGUAAUGACCUUGCCACUGUGUUGGGUUUCUUUGGGGUCUUUGUUUUCACCUUGUGUGUUUACUUCAUGUCAAGGCCACGUCCCAUUUACCUUGUUGAUUUUGCAUGCUAUCUACCUCAAGAUGAUGUUAAGAUAUCAAGAGAGGAGACGAUUGAACUAGCAAAAAAAUCAGGCAAAUUUGAUGAGGAAAGCCUAGAGUUCAAGAAGAGGAUCUUAAUGUCUUCGGGCAUAGGGGACGAAACAUACAUCCCAAAGACAGCGAUUGCGUCCACAGAUAACUGCGCAACAAUGAAAGAAGGUCGUGCGGAAGCAUCAUUGGUAAUGCUGGGAGCACUAGACGAACUGUUCGAGAAAACCCACAUUCGUCCAAAGGACGUGGGAAUCCUGGUAGUGAAUUGCAGCAUCUUCAAUCCCACACCAUCGCUCUCAGCAAUGAUCAUAAACCACUACAAGAUGAGGGGGAACAUAUUGAGCUACAACCUUGGGGGAAUGGGGUGCGGUGCUGGGAUCAUUGCUGUGGACUUGGCACGAGACAUGCUUCAAGCCGACCCGAAUAACUAUGCUGUUGUUGUGAGCACUGAGGUUGUUGGGUUUACAUGGUACCAAGGAAAUCAUAGGUCUAUGCUCGUUUCCAAUUGUUUCUUUCGCAUGGGCUGUUCUGCCAUUUUGCUCUCCAACCGUCGACGGGAUUAUAGUUCUGCGAAGUACCGUCUUGAACAUAUUGUUCGCACACACAAAGGUGCUGAUGAUCGCAGCUUCAGGUGUGUUUACCAAGAGGAAGAUGAACAAAAAUUCAAGGGAUUAAAAGUUAGCAAGGACUUGAUUGAAAUUGGUGGUGAUGCACUCAAAACCAACAUAACCAUACUAGGACCUCUAGUGCUACCCUUUUCUGAACAGCUUCUCUUCUUUGCAACUCUUGUGUGGAGGCACUUAUUUGGCAACAAAUCUAAUGGUAACUCCCCAUCAUCAAAGAAGCCAUACAAUCCUAACUACAAACUUGCUUUUGAACAUUUCUGUGUCCAUGCUGCAAGCAAACCCAUUCUUGAUGAGUUGCAAAGGAACCUUGAACUCAGUGAAAAGAACAUGGAAGCUUCUAGAAUGACAUUGCACCGCUUUGGCAACACAUCUAGUAGUAGCAUUUGGUAUGAACUAGCUUACUUGGAAGCAAAAGAAAGGGUGAGAAGAGGAGACCGUGUUUGGCAAUUGGCUUUUGGUUCUGGCUUCAAGUGUAAUAGUGUGGUUUGGCGUUCCCUUCGCCGCCAAACGAAGCCUAAUGGGAACCCUUGGCUCCAUUGCAUUAAUCGAUAUCCUGUGUCUCUUACUCAAACUCCAUCAGCAACUUCACUCAAUUAAUCAAAGUUAAAGCAUUGUGAUCAAUCCAUCAAUCAGUGUAUGAAAGCUACGCUUCAGAUCACUAAUGGUAGUCCUUAAUUCGUGUUUCAAAUUUAAUUGCAAGUGCUUUUUCAUUCUCUAUCGUGC